AUGGAAUUCAGAUCCAAAUCAUGUAGGAGUGAGAGUCUGCAAAUUGAAAACUACAAUGGAGGAAGGGUGGCCCCAACAGGUAUGCAAGAUCUGAGGUCUUACAAUUACAGUGCAAGUUAUGGUGGUUCUGCAUAUCCAUGCAAGAUAGGUAAGGAAAAGGAAGUGAAGGUGGAUAAAGGGAAAAACAUAGCUAAUAAAUUAUCAAAAAGUUGGAGCUUCAGUGACCCUGAGUUGCAGAGAAAGAAGAGAAUGGUUAGCUAUAAAAUAUAUUAUGUUGAAGGAAAAAUGAAAGGCUCCGUGAGGAAGAGUUUAAGGUGGAUCAAGAACACCUACACAGAAGCUGUUCAUGGAUGGUGGUGA